GAUGGCAGCGCUUGUGAGGCGGAUCGUCAGCACCGGCAAGGCACCGGCAGCGAUCGGUCCCUACAGGAACUGUAAGCAGACGCAAUAUCAACCAUGGCUGUGACAAGAGCUCUCGUUUAUUCUCCCAAAGCCCCAGUUAGACUUGGAAUUUACAGCCAAGCUGUAGUGGUGGAUCGAACCAUGUACAUUUCUGGGCAGUUGGGGAUGGAUCCUGCAACUGGACAGCUUGUAACUGGAGGAACAUCACAAGAGGUCAAGCAGGCUCUCAUCAACAUGGGAGAGAUCCUCAAGGCUGCAAACUGUGACUAUGAUAAUGUUGUAAAAACAACUGUUCUGCUGGCAGACAUCAAUGACUUCAACUGUGUUAAUGAAGUUUACAAGCAAUAUUUUAAGAGCAAUUUUCCAGCCAGAGCAGCCUAUCAGGUUGCAGCAUUGCCACGGGGAGGCCGAGUUGAGAUCGAAGCUGUGGCAAUUUUGGGACCUAUUGUGAACGGACCCUUGGACCAGAAAUUAUAAACCACGAUCAAUACUUUGUGGGGAUAUAAUACACGAAACAAGGGAAGACACUGCCACUUGAUUUUAUUGCAGCCUUGCAUCCACUGUAUGGAUCAAUAGUUUAAUAAAAAGCAAGAUUUCAA